AUGCUCACUCGUGAAGACAAUCACACAGACGAGGACGAAAAUUGCACAACUGAACUCACCAACGAAGCUGAUCAGCAUGUGCCUCAACGUGAACUCGACCGCAUCACGGCAGCCGAGCAAAAUCAAAACAUUAAGACGAAGCUUGAGAUGCUCACUCGGGAGCUCGAAGUGGUAAAAGACGAGCGUGCUGUCACUGAUUAUGAUGUGCUGCACAUGGAGAAUAAGCGAGCUGGUCGGGACAAGUACAAGACUCUACGUCAAAUCCGCGGUGGAAACACCAAACGUCGAAUUGAUCAAUACGAAAAUAUGUGA